UCCUCUACCCCUACAACCGCAGCAGCAAAAGCAGCAGCAGAAGCAACAGCAAUAGAUAAGUGUUUUGAUGAAUUGCAAGAUGGAUAGGGCUCACGGUGCCCCCAGCUCUGCUGAUACCAAAUGCCUUUAAGAUACAGCCUUUCCCAUCCUAAUCUACAAAGGAAACAGGAAAAAGGAACUUAAAACUCCCUGUGCUCAGACAGAAAUGAGACUGUUACAGCCUGCUUCUGUGCUGCUCCUUCUUGCCUCUGACUUGUAAACAAGACCUAGUAGAACACGCGAAUGGAAAGUCAGAAAGCUCUGGGUGUUUGAAAGGAUCCUUGGGACCUCAUGCACAUCUGCAGAACCUGGAUGGAGAGAUCUGGGGAAGCAUGGACUCUUUAGCUGGCUUAGUUCUCUACGGAGUCAGCUUGCUCCUUUCUGGAACAGUGGAUGGUGCCAUGGACUUGAUCUUGAUCAAUUCCCUACCUCUUGUGUCUGAUGCUGAAACAUCCCUCACCUGCAUUGCCUCUGGAUGGAGCCACCACGAGCCCAUCACCAUAGGAAGAGACUUUGAAGCCUUAAUGAACCAGCACCAGGAUCCACUGGAAGUUACUCAAGAUGUGACCAGAGAAUGGGCUAAAAAAGUUGUUUGGAAGAGAGAAAAGGCUAGUAAAAUCAAUGGUGCUUACUUCUGUGAAGGGCGAGUUCGGGGAGAGGCAAUAAGGAUACGGACCAUGAAGAUGCGCCAACAAGCUUCCUUCCUACCAGCUACACUAACUAUGACUGUGGACAGGGGAGAUAAUGUGAACAUAUCUUUCAAAAAGGUGUUGAUUAAAGAAGAGGAUGCAGUGAUUUACAAAAAUGGUUCCUUCAUCCAUUCAGUGCCCCGGCACGAAGUACCUGAUAUUUUAGAAGUGCAUCUGCCUCAUGCCCAGCCCCAGGAUGCUGGAGUGUACUCGGCCAGGUACAUAGGAGGAAACCUCUUCACCUCGGCCUUCACCAGGCUGAUAGUCCGGAGAUGUGAAGCUCAGAAGUGGGGACCGGAAUGUAACCGUGUCUGCACCGCCUGUAUGAACAACGCUGUCUGCCAUGAAGAUACUGGAGAAUGCAUUUGCCCUCCUGGGUUUAUGGGGAGAACAUGUGAGAAGGCUUGUGGACUGCACACGUUUGGCAGAACUUGUAAAGAAAGGUGUAGUGGACCAGAGGGAUGCAAGUCCUACGUGUUCUGUCUCCCAGACCCCUACGGGUGUUCCUGUGCCACAGGCUGGAAGGGUCUGCAGUGCAAUGAAGCCUGCCAGCCUGGUUAUUAUGGGCCAGACUGUAAGCUCAGGUGCAGGUGUACCAAUGGGGAGACGUGUGAUCGGUUCCAAGGGUGCCUCUGCGCUCCAGGACGCCAAGGGCUCCAGUGUGAGAGAGAAGGCAUGCCAAGGAUGACCCCAAAGAUAGAGGAUUUGCCAGAUCACACAGAAGUAAACAGUGGGAAAUUCAACCCCAUCUGCAAAGCCUCUGGCCAGCCACUACCUGCUAAUGAAGAAAUGACCCUCGUGAAGCCGGAUGGGACAGUGCUCCAUCCAAAAGACUUUAACCACACGGGUCAUCUCUCAGUGGCCACGUUCACCAUUGACCGGAUCCUCCCCCCUGACUCCGGAGUCUGGGUCUGCAGUGUAAACACAGUGGCUGGGAUGGUGGAAGAGCCUUUCAACAUUUCUGUUAAAGUUCUUCCAAAGCCCCUGAAUGCCCCAAAUGUGAUCGACACUGGACAUAACUUUGCUGUCAUCAACAUCAGCUCUGAGCCUUACUUCGGGGAUGGACCAAUCAAAUCCAAGAAGCUUCUAUACAAGCCUGUUAAUCAUUAUGAGGCCUGGCGGGACAUUCAAGUGACAAAUGAGAUCGUUACCCUUAACCAUUUGGAACCUCGAACCGAAUAUGAGCUCUGCGUGCAGCUGGUCCGGCGGGGAGAGGGCGGCGAAGGGCAUCCUGGCCCCGUGAGACGCUUCACAACAGCUUCCAUCGGUCUUCCUCCUCCAAGGGGUCUCAGUCUCCUACCGAAAAGUCAGACCACUCUAAAUUUGACCUGGCAACCAAUAUUUCCAAACUCAGAAGAUGACUUUUAUGUGGAGGUGGAGAGGAGGUCUGUGCAAGUGAAUAGUGAUCAGCAGAAUAUUAAAGUGCCAGGCAACUUGACCUCGGUGCUGCUUAACAAUUUACACCCCAGGGAGCAGUACGUAGUCCGAGCCAGAGUCAACACCAAGGCCCAGGGGGAAUGGAGUGAAGAUCUCACCGCUUGGACCCUCAGCGACGUUCUCCCUCCUCAACCAGGAAACAUCAAGAUUUCCAACAUCACAGACUCCUCUGCCGUGGUCUCUUGGACCAUCUUGGAUGGCUAUUCUAUUUCUUCUGUUAUCAUCCGCUACAAAGUUCAGGGCAAGAAUGAAGACCAGCACAUUGAUGUGAAAAUCAAGAAUGCCACCAUCACCCAGUAUCAGCUCAAGGGCCUAGAGCCCGAAACAGCUUACCAGGUGGACAUUUUUGCAGAGAACAACAUAGGGUCAAGCCACCCAGAGCUUUCUCAUGAACUGACGACACUCUCCAAAUCUCAAGCACCAGCAGACCUCGGAGGCGGGAAGAUGCUGCUUAUAGCCAUCCUUGGCUCGGCGGGAAUGACUUGCCUGACGGUGCUGUUGGCCUUUCUCAUCAUGUUGCAACUGAAGAGGGCAAACGUCCAAAGGAGAAUGGCCCAAGCCUUCCAAAACGGGAGGGAAGAACCAGCUGUGCAGUUCAACUCAGGAACUCUGGCCCUGAACAGGAAGGCCAAAAACAACCCAGAUCCUACAAUUUAUCCAGUGCUUGACUGGAAUGACAUCAAAUUUCAAGACGUGAUUGGGGAGGGCAAUUUUGGCCAGGUUCUGAAAGCGCGCAUUAAGAAGGAUGGGUUGCGGAUGGACGCUGCCAUCAAGAGGAUGAAAGAAUACGCCUCCAAAGACGACCACAGGGACUUCGCGGGGGAACUGGAGGUUCUUUGUAAACUUGGACACCACCCCAACAUCAUCAAUCUCUUAGGAGCGUGUGAACAUCGUGGCUACCUGUACCUGGCCAUCGAGUACGCGCCCCACGGAAACCUUCUGGACUUCCUGCGCAAGAGCCGAGUGCUGGAGACCGACCCGGCGUUCGCCAUUGCCAACAGCACCGCCUCCACGCUGUCCUCCCAGCAGCUCCUGCAUUUCGCCGCAGAUGUGGCCCGCGGUAUGGACUACUUGAGCCAAAAACAGUUUAUCCACAGAGAUCUGGCUGCCAGGAACAUUUUAGUUGGUGAAAACUAUGUAGCUAAAAUAGCAGAUUUCGGAUUGUCCCGAGGUCAAGAAGUCUACGUGAAGAAGACGAUGGGAAGGCUGCCAGUGCGCUGGAUGGCGAUCGAGUCGCUAAAUUACAGCGUCUACACAACCAACAGUGACGUAUGGUCCUACGGAGUGUUACUCUGGGAGAUCGUCAGCUUAGGGGGCACCCCCUACUGCGGGAUGACGUGUGCAGAACUCUACGAGAAGCUGCCCCAGGGCUACAGACUGGAGAAGCCCCUCAACUGUGAUGACGAGGUGUAUGAUCUGAUGAGGCAGUGCUGGCGGGAGAAGCCUUACGAGAGGCCUUCAUUUGCCCAGAUAUUGGUGUCCUUAAAUAGGAUGUUAGAAGAGCGAAAGACCUACGUGAACACCACGCUGUAUGAGAAGUUCACCUACGCAGGAAUCGACUGCUCUGCUGAGGAAGCAGCCUAGGCAGACCAUCGUCAUCGCGAUAUUCCGCGCCCCUUCCCUGGCAUGACAGACCCUGGAUACCUUGAUGCCAAGGAAGCAAGCAAGCAAGCCCUUGCCAAGAGAGGUGACAUAGUAUAUAGAAGUGUAUAUAUAUUGCUGUGUGUCUGGACUUCCACCACAAAAACCCCCGUGCGUGAACCUAUAGUACACUCUAACUCCAAUAGGACUGUAUAUACUGUUUUGAGUAAGAAUGUGCUGAAAUCAGAAUGCCUGUUUGUGGUUUCAUAUGCAAUAAUAUAUUUUUCUAAAAGUGUGGACUUUACAGGAAGGUGUGAGAGUACAAUUACUGUAAUGCAUGACUCAUUAUUGUCCUAGAUAUUUUUGAUAUUUACCUUUAUAUUGAGUGCUAUAAAAUGGGUUGCUGUGUAGCACUAAAAUAUUGUGAAUAAACCUAACACUGACCCUGAUAGGACAGAUGAGAAAGGUGGGGGAAAUGUAUGCGUUCUAACAGGACACAGGUUAACGCUGAAGAGACUGAAAAACCCAAGCGAGGUAAAAGAGAUUCUUCUACCUAUAAAUGUUCUCCCUCACCUGCUGAAGCCAUCCCGCUUGCAUUUGGUUCUUUGACAACUUUGUCAUGUGGUUCCAGAGCCCACAAGUCAACGCAGAAUGACUAACAUUUAAAAACAGACUGACAUCUCAGUCCUUAGAAGCCCAAGAGCCUUUGGAGAAGUAUAAAUAAGUUUAAUAGAUAAAUUAAUGGGAUUUAGUUUUAAUUUCUCUGGUAACAAUGAUUUGUGUAUUUUAAGAAAUUAGUAAGCCUGGAAUUACAUUUGGGAGACAUGUGACAUUUAUCAAAUUAACAUUCUUACAUGUAUUGCACAUUGUAAAAAGUUUUAGUUUUGAUCGAGUGUGAGCUUCCCAUUUAUACUGUAGGCACAUGUUGCACUGAAAUCAUAUAGUGAGUGAAUAAAUGUCUUGCCUACCCACUUUCCGUCCAGGAAUCUCACAGGUAUUGCCAAAUGUCUUUAACACACUCUAUGGAAAAACACCUUAAAUUAUCAUCCUCUAACUUGUCAGUAAUACGCAGGUAGAGCAGCUGGUGGGUAUACGCCACCAGACAUGGUAAUCAAGCUCACAAGGCUGGAAACAUCUUCCAGAAGUGUUCUCCUGUCUAGUCCAUUUUCUUGCACCAGGGCGGCACAGCUCGGUGGUGUGCCAAUGUGAACUGAGGGCUUAGAAUUGGGAUCCCUUUUAACUGUGUUACAAUGUUAAAUAGUUCAACAUACCGCAUAAAGUUUCAUAUCCCUGCCAUAUAACCAAACUGAUGUGCUCAGAAACAAUGACCAUGAAACUGAA